AGGUGCAGCUGGUUCGUCAGCAGCUUGGCUGCAGCUCCAAAGAUGCCCUGAGCCUCAUCAUGCGGAAGCAGCAGCGCAAGAAGAGUGGCGAUGAAAGUCCAACGCGAGGUUCGCUUUUCCAACCCUGCGCUUACCCUGGCGCCGAAAAGGAGAACACUCCCAGCAACGUGCAACGCGCCAAUUCAGCGAAGAAGCUGCAAACGGAGGUGGAUGAGGCUGACAUUGACGUGCGCUGCUCGAUCCUUUCUGUGCAAGAGGAGAAAGGGGCAGUUCUGGCCGUGACGAAGAAUAGUGGGUUGCACGAGUUCGCCCUGGACCGUGUCUUCGGCGAGCACACUGCCCAGCAGGAUGUGUACAACAGGGCCGCAAAACGCCUUGUUAUGGAGUUCUUGAAUGGCACAAGCGCAAGCAUCAUUUGCUAUGGCCAGACGGCCAGUGGAAAGACCCACACGAUGUUCGGUCCGCACGGCCUGGAUUUCACCGCGGGUGAUCUUCGAGGCUUGGUGCCACGAACUUGCGCAGAGGUCUUGGAGGCUGUGGCGCGGUGGCGGCACCGGGGCCUCGAGGUGCGUCUCUCUGCGAGCUACGUGGAGCUUUAUGGCAGCGAGGUCUCAGAUCUGCUUCGUGAGGGCCAGGUGGUGGGGCAAGGCCGCGAGGGCCGCUACGCGGCGGUGCGUGCCACGGACCGCGUUGGGCAUCGGUACGUGCUGGACGGGCACACUGAGUGGAACAUCAGGUCGCUGGAAGAGCUCCGAGAGCUUCUGCAGCACGGCGACGAGGCGAAACGAAGGGCGGCCACCGCCAUGAACGAGCGGUCCACGCGAGCGCACACUGUCUUCGUGCUGUCCCUGACCGUGCCGCAAAGAGAGGAAGGGAAGCAGGUGCCACCGAGGAGGAGUCGAUUCUAUUUUGCCGACCUGGGCGGUUCAGAGCAACUCUCUAAGAGCAAGGUGGAUGCUGGCGUCAAGGCCCCGGUGACGGUGGUGGGCGGCGAGGAACAGAGCCGCCUCAGUUGGCGGGAGUACUACCUCGCCCGCCAGCGGGUGGCCGAGACGUUGAACAUCAACAUGGGCCUCUUCUCCUUGAAGAGGGUCAUCGAGGUGCUGCACAGGCGCUGCCGCAUGGCCGGCGAGGGCGUGCCAAGCCACGCGCUGCCGUAUGUGCCGUACCAGGACUCCAAACUCACGAUGUUGCUGCAAGAGGCUUUGGGCGGUGGCGCACGCACCCUGAUCAUAACCACCAUCAGCAUGGACACUGCCCACUCAGAGGAGUCCUUGCAGACCUUGCGCUUCGGAGAGACCUGCGCCCAGGUUCAGAAGACGAGGGAGGCUGACCAGGCGGCAUCAGUCACGCUGGCCUUGGACAAGAUUGAGCAGGAAAUCCAGGCGCUCCAGGCGGAGAUCGCCCGCAAGGAGCGCUGGGAGACGGUGUUCACCAGGCGCCAGGACUUGGAUACGGUGGCCGGCGCCUUUGGCGAGGGACAAACCGUGGAGCGUGAGGAGGUGGUUCCCACCAGCGUGCUGGUGGGGGCUGAGGCUGAGCGCGAGCAGCUGGAGAAGGUCCUCCAGCGGCAGGCGGAGCUACAGGGCCUUUGCAAAUCCCUGGACUUUGGCAAGGACUACCGCAGCAUGCAGGCCGACGCUAUCCAAGGAGAUCUUGAUGGUGGUAAGGGCCACGACUUCCGUGAGAGCCGCUUUAGCGCUCGCACCAAAGCCAAAGACUUUGAAGAUGAGGCGGUGCUGGCAGACGCGUUGCGCUUCCUCUUCCGCAGCUGCCGAGAGGCAACAGCCGUCUUCGGCGAGCAGAAAGCGCGACGCCGCCUGGAGCGUAGUGAGAUCCCGGAAGGCUACCACUUGGUGGCGCGUGCCAUGCGCCAAGUCUGGGAGGAGCGGCUAGAAGAGGGCCAGGAGCACCGAAGCUUCGGCAAGGCCAUGCUGGACCGCUGUACAGCUUGGAGGGCGGCCUUCAAAGCCGAUGCAUCCAGCAGAGAUGCAGCGCUUUCCGACCUCGUCCGAGAAUGCAGGCUACCAGCACAGGGCUACUGAGACUGGAAGGCCUGCGCGCCGGGCGGACGUCACCUGCCAGGCACUUUGUUCGCACCUCUCCAAGAAGUGAGUGAGUCAAAUCUCGCACUGACUUAGUUCGCGGCUUCAUGACGCUUUCCAAUUCGCGGCUUCAUUCGCUCGGAAGCGCAUGGUGCCUGAAGAAUGCCUGUACAGUAUGGACCCCUUGAUUCCUCCGCCUUCGCGGUAUCGUCCAUACAGUACCGGACUAUACCGGACUGCAAUUGCCACGUCCGCCAGUUUAACA